GUGUGCGCCACGGCCGACGCGCUGCUGCUGCCGGUGUGUGCCGCCGCGCGUUGCCCUGCGGACCCAGAGGAGCGCCACGACGAGGCGGGCGCCAUGACGGCGGAGCUCUCGGCGCGCUACGCCGCGGAGCUGGGGCUGCCGAAGAGCUGGGUGCUGCAGCAGGUGGUCGUCUGGAGCCAGUCCUGCAGCUUCCUGACGGCAGGCCGCUUCCGCUGGUGGGUCCGCGACAAGGCCAACAGGGAGUUCGCCCGGCAGGGGAAGAAGCUCAACCCGACCGCCAAGGAGACUUCGAUGACCUUGAUCAGGGCCUUGAUGAGCUUCCUCCCGAGGCCAGCGAGGAAGCCACGCGUCAGUGGCGACUCCGCCAGCUGCAGAAGAGCACCGUCAUCACGAAGACGGAACUGAUGGCCCUGGCCUACAUCGAGCUCCGGUGGCUGGGCCAGCUGGACAAGCCUCCGCUGCCCCACCCUGACUCCAUGCAGGGGUGGUUCCAGGGCCAGGGCCUGAUCUUCGAGCACCGGUCGGGGCACUUCGACCACCACCUCAGAGACGCCGAGUCCCGUCCCAGCUUCCCCUCGCGAGUCGACGCGCGCUGGAGGUGGGAGACCACGCUGGACUUGGACCCUGUCCUCGACCUGAUUCGGGUGGCGGGGGACGGCGAGGAAUUCGGCAUCGAGGAGGGGGAGGAGGUCGCGGCCGUAGAGUCCGAGGAGGACGAGGACGCCAGGGAGGAGUGCGACGAGGGCGCCGAGCACGAGGGUGAGUGCUCUGGUGCUGCCGCCGCGAGCGGAGCCGGUGCCAGGCGCAGGCUUGUGGCCGAUCGCAAGGGCAAGGUUAAGCGCAAGGCGGAUGCCAAGCGCAGGGCGGAGCCCGAGCCCAACGCGGAGCCCAAGCGCAACGCGGAGGCCGAGCGCAAGGCAGAGCCCGAGCCCGCGGCGGAGGCCGAGCGCAAGGCGGAGGCCGAGCACAAGGCAGAGGCCGAGCCCAUGGCGCAGGCCGUGCGCAAGGCGGAGCCCAAGCGUAAGGCUCACGUCGAGCGCAAGGCGGAGCCCAAGCGCAAGGCGCAUGUCGAGCGCAAGGCGGAGGCCAAGCGCAAGGCGGGCACCGAGCAGAAGGCAGAUGCCGAGCGCAAAGUGGAUGCCGAGCGAAAGCCAGAGGCCGAGGGAAAGGCGGAGGCCGAGCGCAAGGCGGAGGUGAGGAGCCUGCCCGCCAGAGGGUGCUCUUCGGACGAGAGCGACGACGACGCACCGGAGAUCAGCUGA